AUGGAUAAGACGUGGAUUUGGCUUCCAAGGAAUAGCCACGAGUAUUCAGAAGGAGCAACUAAUUUCGUGAAUUCGUCAGCAAGAAGAUUGGGAAGUCUUCUUGAAAUGCUAUGCCCUUGUAGAGACUGCCGCAAUCUGAGCCAUCAGUCACUGGAUAAAAUUGUGGAGCAUUUGGUGAUUAGGUGUAUGGAUAAGAAGUAUAAGAGUUCUCGUUGGAGUAUUCAUGGUGAAAAAAGAGAUUCUGCAGAAGACAGUGUACUUCAAUGUGAAACAGAGGCAUUUGAUUUGUUUAAGACAGCAUUCUCCAUGGACGAAGGUGGUCCAAACCCGACAACUGACAACGAAGAUGAUGAAGCACCAGAGGAACUUGAGUUUACAAAAAAGCUAAGAGAUGCUCAAACGCCAUUAUACUCGGGUUGUCUCAAGCACACAAAGGUUUCAGCUAUCAUGGGACUUUACAGAUUCAAGGUUAAAAGUGGUGUGUCGGAGAACUACUUUGAUCAGCUGUUGGUUUUACUUGAGGAUUUGCUACCUGAAGACAAUGUUCUUCCCAAGAGUUUAGCUGCAAUCAAGAAAUUUCUGAAGAUCUUUGGGUUCGGCUACGACAAUAUCCAUGCUUGCAAGAAUGAUUGCAUACUGUAUAGGAAGGAGUACGAGAACCUACAAAGCUGUCCAAGAUGCAAAGUUUCAAGAUGGGAAAUGGAUAAGCACAGUAAUGAGAUAAAGGUGGGGAUUCCGGCAAAGGUCCUAAGAUAUUUUCCAAUCAAGGACAGGUUUAGGAGGAUGUUUAGAUCAAAGAGGAUGGCUGAAGAUCUGCGUUGGCACUAUACCAAUGCCACUGAAGACGGUACAAUGCGGCACCCCGUUGAUUCUAUCUCUUGGGCACAAGUGAAUGCUAAAUGGCCAGACUUUGCUGCUGAUCCACGGAAUCUUCGACUUGGGAUUUCCACAGAUGGGAUGAACCCUUUCUCCAUGCAAAGCACCAAUCACAGCACUUGGCCAGUGUUGUUAGUGAACUAUAACACGCCUCCAACCAUGUGUAUGAAGGCUGAGAAUAUAAUGUUGACUUUGUUGAUCCCUGGUCCUACUGCUCCUGGUAAUAACAUAGAUGUUUACCUAGCACCACUGAUAGACGAUCUAAAAGAUUUGUGGGCUGAGGGUAUUGAGGUGUAUGACUCAUUUGCGAAGGAGAAUUUUAAUCUCAGAGCCUUGCUGCUUUGGAGUAUCAGUGACUAUCCAGCCUUAGGAACACUGUCUGGAUGUAAAGUAAAGGGGAAACAAGCCUGCAAUGUAUGCGGAAAGGAUACACCUGCAAGGUGGCUUAAGUUUAGCCGCAAGUUUGCCUACAUGGGUAACAGAAGGAGACUACCGCCUGGCCAUCGUUACAGAUAUAAAAAAGCCGUGUUUGACAACACUGUGGAGGAAGUGAAUGCGAAUAGGAUACAAACAGGCGCUGAGAUAUAUGAGACACUACAAGCUUUUACGAAUGAUUUUGGUAGACCUCUAGAGAAGGAAAAAAAAAGGAAAAGACUAGAGUUGGAAGAUGAUGAGAGGGUAGUGGAAGAAGAGUGUGAUGAAUCAAAUGAACUAUGGCGGUGGAAGAAGAGAUCAAUAUUCUUUGAUCUACCUUACUGGAAGGAGUUACCUGUUCGUCACAAUAUUGAUGUUAUGCACGUAGAAAAGAAUGUGUCUGAUGCUAUAUUGUCUCUGUUGAUGCAAAGUGCGAAGUCAAAAGAUGGGUUGAAAGCAAGAAAAGACUUAGAAGAUAUUGGAAUCAGAAAGCACUUGCACACAGAGGUGAGGGGAAAGAAAACAUACUUACCUCCUGCUGCCUACUGGUUAUCGAAGAAAGAGAAGACCAUUUUUUGCCAAAGGUUGUGUCAGCGCAUCAUUGACCCAGAGAAACUUAUAUCCAUGGAAACAGAGUUUGUGGAAACAAUGUGUCAGCUGGAGCGCUUCUUCCCUCCAGCCCUUUUUGAUAUCAUGUUUCACCUACCAAUACAUCUAUCAAAAGAGGCACGCUUGGGAGGACCAGUUCACUUCCGCUGGAUGUAUCCCUUUGAAAGGUACAUGAAAACACUAAAGGCUUUUGUGAAGAAUUAUGCAAGGCCAGAAGCAUGUAUGGCUGAGGCGUAUUUGGCUGGAGAAUGCGUUGCAUUCUGUUUAGAGUUCCUUAAAGAUUCAGUACCAGUUCAAGAAGCAGUUAAUCGUAAUGAAGAUGUCGAGACUGACACAAUGGUGGUUGAAGGCCGACCUCUGCAGAAGGGUAUAGAGGUUACCCUUUCAGAUAAAGAUAGAGACAUUGCACAUCGCUAUGUGCUAAUGAACAUGGCAUCUUUGGAUCCAUUUCUUGAGAUGCAUUUGGAAGAGUUGCAAGCAAAGGAUGGUCGAUUGGCUAGAAAUGAAACUUUGUUAUGGAAAUACCAUACUGACCACUUUGCAGAAUGGCUUAAAAAUAAGAUUCAUUCAGACUCAACAGAUAGUCAUUCUAAGGAGAUAAGGUGGUUGGCAUUUGGGCCAAGAAAUGUUGCUUUAGCACAUAAAGGAUUCAUCAUCAAUGGCCAACGGUCUCAUACUGAUGCGGUCAAGCUGAAGACACAAAACAGUGGAGUAACUUAUGAAGCCUUUAGCAUGUGUAGAUCAAGUGCUCGAGAUAUGAGACAGGUCGCGGAUAUGAUUACAUACUAUGGAGUGAUAAAGGAGAUUUUGGUCAUCGACUAUCAAAUGUUCAAAGUGCCACUCUUUAGAUGCAACUGGGCAAACACAGCGAAUGGUGUGAAGGAAGAAGAUGGCUUCACUCUUGUUAACCUUCAUAUGAACCAAGCAGCCUAUUUGAAAGAUCCAUUCAUUCUACCUUCUCAAGCAAAACAGGUUUUCUACUCUAGGGAGGAUGAUGCUUCAAAUUGGUAUGUUGUUAUGAGAGCACCACCUAGAGGUUAUCAUGAGUUGGAAACAGAAGAGGAUUUAGGUGGUGCUCCUUUACCUGUCCAAGAAGUUGAUGAUAUGGGUGAUGAAGCUUCAGAUGAUGAUAGUGUUUAUGUUAGGGAUGAUUGUGAAGGUUUAUUAGUGGUAGAUUAA